AUGACAAUAGCAGAUUACCAGGAUGGUGAAUGGCCGAGAAAUUCACAGGAACAGGUAGAGCUGAAUAACACGCCUAUUACUGAUCAACUAUGGCGGCAAGACUUUGAAGAGAUGCUACCGAAGAGCAUAUUCGAAGUCGAGGAUAUUGAUGACGCCACACCAGGUCGAAGCUGUCACCUAGGGACCAUUCUAAACCUGGUGAGGAUCAACGAGCCAAAGGUCGGACUUCAAGCGACAGGUUAUGCAGAGGCAAAUGGCCAACCUUCGCCCAUCUUUGGGAGUGGCACGUUGGGGGUGGGAGGACAGCUUCCCCGUCGUAUGAAACGCCACGUUUGA